GCACCAGCGGCAGCUAAAUUCUUGGUCCUAAGAGGGAUUCUGAACGCAGAGGCUUCUGGGUAACUUCCUUUCCUGUUGCAGCUCGUGGACGGUGAAGAUGGGCAAGUGCAGGGGACUCCGUACUGCUAGAAAGCUGCGCAACCACCGCCGUGAGCAGAAGUGGCAUGACAAGCAGUACAAGAAGGCCAACUUGGGUACUGCCCUAAAGGCCAACCCUUUUGGAGGAGCUUCUCACGCCAAAGGCAUUGUUCUGGAAAAAGUCGGCGUUGAAGCCAAGCAGCCUAACUCUGCCAUCAGAAAGUGUGUGAGAGUCCAGCUUAUCAAGAAUGGCAAGAAGAUCACAGCUUUUGUUCCCAAUGAUGGUUGUCUGAACUUUAUUGAGGAAAAUGAUGAAGUUCUGGUUGCUGGGUUUGGUCGUAAAGGCCAUGCCGUGGGAGAUAUCCCUGGAGUCCGAUUCAAGGUUGUGAAGGUUGCCAAUGUUUCUCUUUUGGCACUAUACAAAGGCAAGAAGGAGAGACCAAGAUCUUAAAUUCACUCUGCAUUUAAAUUUGAAUAAAAUUGUUGAUUUAAA